GCCGCGUUGAGCUACGCAGAACCGUGGACCUCAGCCCCCCGAGGCCCCGCCAGGCCACAGGCGCCCGGCCUGGGCCAGCAGAGCAGCAGUGACCCGACCGUUUUCCGGGUGGCGAGCUGGGGGUGCGCCCGGCCCCCCGCCCCAGGGACCAUGGGAAAUGGCAUGACCAAGGUGCUUCCUGGACUCUACCUGGGAAACUUCAUUGAUGCCAAAGACUCAGAUCAGCUGAGCCGGAAUAAGAUCACACACAUACUCUCUAUCCACGAGUCACCCCAGCCUCUGCUGAAGGAUAUUACCUACCUUCGCAUCCCAGUGGCUGAUACUCCUGAGGUACUCAUAAAAAAGCACUUCAAAGAAUGUAUCAACUUCAUCCACUGUUGCCGCCUUGGUGGGGGGAACUGCCUUGUGCACUGUUUUGCAGGCAUCUCCCGCAGCACCACCAUUGUGACGGCUUACGUGAUGACAGUGACCGGGCUAGGCUGGCGGGAAGUGCUGGAAGCCAUCAAGGCCACCCGGCCCAUCGCCAACCCCAACCCAGGCUUUAGGCAGCAGCUUGAAGAGUUUGGCUGGGGGAGUUCACGGAAGGUAGGGGCUGGGCAGGGCUGGCUGGUCAGGCCCCGAAUCUGCGGGAGCCAGGCCGUGUUUACUACAACAGGGGGCCUACGUCCUCCGUCGGAGCUGAAUUCUGGAAACAGGCUCUUCUAG